AUGGACGCUGGCGCGAGUGCCGUCCUAAAAUCCAUCAAGACCCUCUACCAGUUGUUUUCUGGCAUGAAAGAUGGCCCCCCAAAAGUCAACGACAUCCGUAAUGUCGUAGGCCGUCUUCAAUGCGCAUUCGAACAAAUCGGCGAAUUCCCCGAGCUUGUAGAGAUUCUGGCGACGACGCCAUCCCUGGCGAGGCUAAUAAAGCAAUGCCAAGAUGAUAUCAACAGGUUCGAAGGGAGGCUGAGAAAGCUAGAUGUUUCCUCAGGGGAACAAGUGCUGUGGAAAAGGCUGAAACUUGCCUUGAGCGAGAAGGACCUCGCAUAUAUGCUGACGGUCAUGGCGGGGCACGUUGACAACUUGACGCUGGAGAUUGAUCUUGUUCAAGCGCGACUCAUGCAUCACCACAACCACAAUAUUCAGCAGAUUCUUGUCCAGGAGAACAAGCAGACCAUAUUAAUCGAACAACAAGGUGCAAUGUUGGCUAGCAUCGAUGAUCGAGUAUCGAGUUGCAUGACUCAGAACAACCGUCUUCAUGACACUGUUGAAGCUCUGUUUCAAAAGGCUGUCAAUAUACCCUCCCUCUUACAUUCGCAAGCGGCCGAUAUUUCGGAAAGACUCGUAAGCCUUGAGAAGGAAAUAGUAAAGAUGCGUCUAGGUUUCGGGUGCAGCACAGACGAUAUAAACAUCCAGGAGCUGCUGGAUAAAGACAAUAGGCAUCAGGAUCAUGUUUCACCACUUAGAGACGCAAUCAAAAGACUCUGCUGUCUCGUCGACCGCAUCCCUGGCGUGGUCGAGUCCGACGACGCAGAUGAAAUCGUCCAUGACCUUGAUAUAUUGCUGCAGGAUAUGGUCGCCGAGAAUCGACGCAGAAGUCGCGAGAUGGAAGCGAGCGCUGAGCGCACUAAAGGCCAAGGGGCCACGGAUUUGAAGCGGAUUCGAGGCCUAUUCUUAGCCGCUCCGGCACUUUGCAUUAACCAAGACGAUGAGGUUGCCGACUGUGCUGAUGUAGACUACAUCUUCGAAGGGUGGCUUCGCUCUCCGCUCGACCUUUGUGUUUCUGAGGUUAACGACAUCAAUGAGUUUGAUUGCUUCAAGCAAUUGCUCGCUGCAGGUGCCGACCCAACUGUCCCGGCGCGUGAGAGGCGGACGAGAGAUACCGACUCAUCGCUCGAUGGCGCGCCGCUCGAUGACGUGUUUUUGAUGACCGAUUUGCACUACGCCAAGGCUGCACUGGACUUGGCUGGAAUCUUCUUUGAUAUCAAUUAUGGCGAUGACAAUGAAUUGGGGGAAACGCUCCUCCAGAUUUGCUGCCGCAAUGCACAAGUAGGCAACAUUCGCCUCCUCGUUGAACGCGGGGCAGACGUCAACGCCCGGGACAACGAGGGACGAACUUGCUUACACACUCUUGCGAAGAAGGCGCGCUGGCCGAAUCCGGGCCUACGAUGCCUGGAGUCGCUCGUUUAUCUGGUGAAGUCUGGCGCUGAUGUUCACGCCCAAGAUUAUUUCGGCGUAACGGUUUCAGAAGUAGCUUAUAGUCACUUCCCUGGGAGCAGCUAUUCCGGGGACGCCUGGGACGUUGCUCUGGCCAUAUGUGGCUAUGAUGUGGAAAGUUUCAGGAGGGGUCAUCGUCGACAGGCUUGGUAUACAGAACAAUACUCGCGCGAGGUCUUCGAGCACCUAUGGACAGGUAUCGAGCAUCUAUGCCCGUACUACGAUGAUGAAGACUGGAAAGAUUCCGACCUUUCAUCAGAAUCGGGGUCAGAUGAUGGAGGUUUGAGCGGAGAUCCACCCUCAAAAUCUGAAACCUUGCCGCUGAGUAUAGAAAGCUUGCUGCCGGGUAUAGGCUCCAGAGAACCCGCUGUGGAAACAAGUCUUAACGCACAGUGUCCGCGAUGCGGAGGACAACCGACCCUCAUAUCCACGGGGACUUUAGACACGGAUUGCGACAACUCCGUCGCACGUAGGGUUCUACCAACAUCACCUCCUGACCCUGAAACGGCUUGGAGUGGAAUGGAGCGGUCUUCGGUAGAUCGGGCCGUUUUCGAAGCGGCUUCAACGGGUGGCCAAGCCGAUAAGUUUGGACUGGGGGAAAGAGAGAUAGAGGAAGUAUUUCGGAAUCCCUGGGCGGUGGAAGACUGA